GCAAUGCUUUGGAUUAGAGCCUCUUGCAUUCUCUCUGUGGCCUUGCUUUCUGCCCACAUAGCAGCUGUACCGAUUAAGCAUCUUUCUAAAGGAAAUGCACAUGAUACAGAUUUGGGAAAACAAAAGGAUAUUUCUGAAAUCAAUUUGGCUGCAGGCCUGGACCUGUUUCAAGGGGACAUCCUUCUGCCGAGCUUGAGAAAUGGCCUGAGAGACCCAAGCAGCAGAUGGAAAUUUCCCAUUCCUUACAUUCUUGCUGAUAAUCUGGGGCUGAAUGCCAAAGGAGCCAUCCUCAAUGCCUUUGAGAUGUUCCGCCUCAAGUCCUGUGUGGAUUUUAAACCCUACGAAGGGGAGAGUUCGUACAUCAUCUUCCAGGAAUUUUCUGGGUGCUGGUCUUCAGUUGGUGACCAACAUGUGGGACAGAACCUUUCCAUUGGCUCAGGCUGUGACUAUAAGGCCGUCAUUGAACAUGAGAUCCUGCAUGCUCUGGGAUUUUUCCAUGAGCAGUCCAGGACUGACCGGGAUGAUUAUGUAAACAUCUGGUGGGAUGAAAUUAUUACAGGUUAUGAGCACAAUUUCAACACCUAUGAAGACAACAUCAUCACAGACCUCAACACACCCUACGAUUAUGAGUCCUUGAUGCACUAUUCACCAUUUUCAUUUAACAAGAAUGCCAGUGUCCCUACCAUCACAGCCAAGAUCCCCGAGUUCAAUGCCAUCAUUGGGCAGCGCCUGGAUUUCAGUGUCAUUGAUUUAGAGAGAUUGAACCGAAUGUACAACUGUACCACAACUCAUACCCUGUUGGACAACUGUGCUUUUGAGAAGACAAACAUCUGUGGGAUGAUCCAGGGGACCAGAGAUGAUGCUGACUGGGUCCAUGAGGACAGCAGUCAGCCUGGAAAAGUGGAUCACACCUUGGUGGGACAGUGCACAGGUGCCGGCUACUUCAUGUUCUUCAAUACCAGCUCCGGGUCAGCAGAAGAGGCGGCCCUCCUGGAGUCUCGGAUCCUGUACCCCAGGAGGAAGGAACAGUGCCUGCAGUUUUUUUACAAAAUGACAGGAAGCCCUUCAGAUAGACUCACCAUCUGGGUCAGAAGGGAUGACAGCACUGGCAAUGUGCGUAAGCUGGUCAAGAUACAGAACUUUCAAGGAGACACCGAUCAUCACUGGAAAAUUGCCCAUGUGACACUCAAAGAAGAAAAGAAAUUUCGCUAUCUUUUCCAGGGCACCAAAGGUGACCCUCAGAACUCAAAUGGGGGUAUUUACCUGGAUGACAUUACCCUGACAGAAACCCCCUGCCCUACAGGGGUUUGGACCAUACGAAAUAUCUCCCAGAUCCUUCAGAGCACAGAGAAAGGAAAAACACUCCUGAGCCCUCGGUUCUACAAUUCAGAGGGCUAUGGUUUUGGGGUGACCUUGUACCCUCAUGGCAGACUCCUUGCCAGUGACUCUGGCUACAUGGGACUUGCUUUCCACCUGUUCAGUGGGGAGAAUGAUGCCAUCCUAGAGUGGCCAGUGGAAAACAGACAGGUGAUAAUGACAAUACUGGACCAGGAACCCGAUGCCAAGAACAGGAUGUCCUUAAGCUUGAUGUUUACUACUUCCAAGGACCAUACAGCCUCAGCUAUAAAUGGCUCUGUUAUCUGGGACAGACCAUCCAAGGUGGGAAUCUACAAUGAGGACUGUGGCUGUUUCAGGAGCUUAGACUGGGGAUGGAGCCAGGCCAUCGCCCACCAAAUGCUGACAAGGAGGAGCUUCCUUAAAGACGAUGCCCUCAUCAUUUUUGUGGACUUUGAAGAUAUCACCCACCUGAGCCAGACUGAAGUUCCCAUUCCAGUCAAAAAUCAGAUCCCCCGAGACCUUGUUCUCCAAGGCCAGGAGCCACAGGUCUCAGGAGAAGAUUCUGGAAAAAAUCUGGAGGAAGCCCUGCCAGCAGGCAGCCUGGAUCAGACCCAGCUCAGCCGACAGAAGCGGUCAGUGAAGAACACAGGCCCCAUGGAGGACCAUAACUGGCCACAGUACUUCAGAGACCCAUGUGACCUGAACCCUUGCCAGAAUGAAGGCAUCUGUGUGAACGUGAAGGGCAUGGCCAGCUGCAGGUGCGUCUCUGGACAUGCCUUCUUCUACACGGGUGAGCGCUGUCAGGCCAUGCAGGUACAUGGCAGUGUGCUGGGCCUGGUGAUUGGAGGUGCUGCUGGUAUAACCAUCUUGAUCUUCGCUGUGUUCUCCAACACUUUCCAAAAGCUGAGGAAGUGA